GACGUCAUGUGGUAGAGGGAGGGCUCGCCGUGGAGAGGAGUGCACUCAGAGGAGGGGUACCGCUCGAUCAGCGUCGGUGUCAGCUUCAACAGUUUGCUUUCACCCGCACCUAUGGGCCUGAUGCUGCAGGUUGUCUUCUCCUGUGCGUUGAAGGAAGCCACUCCAGAGUCAUGAUUGAGGACUGAAGGUAAUCCAGAAGAGUGAGUCAUACUAGGCUGACAGUUGGGCUGAUGACCAGCAUGACCUCUUCUUCCUGAACCAAAGAUGCAUGCUCCCUCUUUGGAUUCAUCCCUCUGCCUGCCACUGAGCUGACCCAUCCCUCCAUCAAAUCGUCCCAUCUCCACUCCACUGUACCCCCCCACCCCCACCCCCCCGUCGUCUUGUGUUCUCUCCUCUGCAGUCAUUGUCCUGUUCUGAGAUAGAAAGCAAAUUAUUACUGUUUCACUCUUUCCAUUUUCCAAACAAUGCAUCCAUGAGAAGUCAUCAGGGCCAUAUGCAGCGGGGGGACAAAAGUCUAAAGGAGCCAGGGGGGGUAGUGGGCUCAAGCUCAGGUCCUGAAGCUAGAAGACUGACAGAGGGGUCACAGGAGAAAGAGCUGAAGAGGGCCUUGUCCCAGUCAGAGUCCCCUUCCUUCACAGGUGGCGCCUCUCUGUCUGCCCCUGAGGAUGCCCCGGGCCCCAGCUGUCCAGAUUCUGACUGCUUCUCUGCUCCUGUGGUUCCCUCUGCAGCUGGCCAGGGCUCAGCUGCUGUGGGCAUGAUGAGGCGCGGGACAAGCCUGCAGAGCCGGCGCAGUAAAGGGUCCGGGUCGGGAUCUGGGAGUGGAGACAGAGACCCUCUCCUGAGAGGUAGUCCCCAGAUCACGCACCGCCGUUACACCCAUGAUCCCCAGCAACAUACCAGCCGCCCCCGCUCCUCUUCCACCACUGACACCACACCCAGCAGCCCUGCACCUGGAUAUGUCACGUGUGAUGUGGUGUUGUCAUCAGGGUACCAGUCCACAGAGGAGACAGACCGAAUCGACCGGCUGGAGGUGAGUGGGUUAGGCCAGACACCCCUAGCUGUCUCUUGUGGGGCCGACAGUUCGUUCCCUGGGGGUGACGAUGGAACUCCUGACCCUCAGCGCACCAAGCAAGCGAUUGCUCAGUUGCAGCAGAAAAUCCUCAAACUCACAGAGCAGAUUAAGAUAGAGCAGACGGCCAGGGAUGACAACGUUGCUGAGUACCUGAAACUGGCCAAUAAUGCCGACAAACAGCAAAGCACACGCAUCAAACAGGUUUUUGAGAAAAAGAACCAGAAGUCGGCGCAGACAAUCCAGCAGCUCCAACGCAAACUGGAGCACUACCACCGUAAGCUUCGGGAAGUGGAGCACAAUGGUAUCCCACGCCAGCCCAAGGAUGUUCUACGGGACAUGCAGCAAGGCCUGAAGGAUGUUUCCGCCAAGGUCUCUGGCUUCAGCGAGGGUGUGGUGGACAGCGUUAAGGGAGGCCUCUCCAGUUUCUCCCAAGCCACACACUCCGCUGCCGGGGCUGUGGUUUCCAAACCACGGGAGAUUGCAUCGCUGAUUCGCAACAAAUUCGGCAGCGCUGACAAUAUCCCCUCGCUGAAAGACUCUCUGGAUGACCCCUCAGUGGAAGAAGUGGUGACAGCGGCCGGAGGACGUUCACUGGGCAGUGCUGGCCAUCAACUCCAGUCCAGUCCCAAGUACGGCAGUGAGGAUGACUGCUCGAGUGCUACGUCAGGUUCAGCAGGGGCAAACAGCACCACGGGGGCCCCUGGUGGUCCCCCCAGUUCUAAAGGCAACACACUGGAAAGGAGUCAGAGCUCUAGUCUGGACAUGCUGCUACAGGAGGUUCAGGAGCUGAGGGAGGGCCAGGCCAGGCUAGAGGAGAACCUGGAUGGACUGAAGAGCCACUAUCAGAGAGACUACACAGUUAUUAUGCAAGCACUGCAGGAGGAACGCUUCAGAUGCGAACGUUUAGAGGAGCAGCUAAAUGACCUGACAGAACUUCACCAGAAUGAGAUCUUGAACCUCAAACAGGAGCUGGCCAGCAUGGAGGAGAAGAUCGCUUACCAGUCGUAUGAGAGAGCAAGAGACAUCCAGGAGGCAUUGGAGGCAUGUCAGACGAGAAUCUCUAAGAUGGAGCUCCAGCAGCAGCAGCAGCAGGUCGUCCAGUUGGAAGGGCUGGAAAAUGCCACAGCCAGGACCCUCCUGGGAAAACUUAUCAAUGUGCUGCUGGCCCUUAUGGCUGUCCUUCUGGUCUUUGUCUCAACUGUGGCCAACUGUGUGGUCCCUCUAAUGAAGACACGCUCUCGUUCUCUCUCCACCCUUCUCCUCAUCCUCCUGCUGGCCUUCUUGUGGAGAAACUGGGACGCUCUCUCGGGGUACACACAUCGGGCCCUGCAGGCUCCAGGAUGACCUGAUUGAAGCCAGCACAUGUUGCUUUGGUGUCAACAGGCGAUGAGACUGUAGCUGCAGUCAGGCAGGAAGUUUGGAAAACAUGUUUGCCAGUACGACAGUCAUGUGGCCAAGGCUGAAAAUUCAGCUGAGCACACACAGACGCAGCUUGUAAAAAAGAUGAAGAGGAAGAAACUGUGAAGUUGAGAACAUACAUGAUUGUCAUGUAAGAAGGAAUAGACUGUUUACAUUUUAGAAAUGAACUGUUGAGUUGUUAGUCCUCACAGGAUGCAGCACUGUACUGUUUUUACCUUUAGAGUUUAAUCAAUGAUAAUGUUAUUGUUUCUAAUAAUAUUUUUAUUUCAUUAUUUUAUUCAGUACCAUGUAGCAUUACGCUCCCCUCAUCCGACACGGCGGGGAGUUUAGUCAGGAAAUUGGGCUGGUGACUCACGCCAAACGCCCAGUCCGUCUGUAGAGACAUGUGAUCAUCUGGUUGAUUGCCUUUAGGACAAGAACUCUGAAAACCUUCCCAGGAGUUUCUCCUUUCUUGCUGUGAUGAAUCUGUUUAGACAGAUGAUUUUGAAGGACUGACUAGAGACUUCUUGUGCUUCCUUACCAUUUUUAAUUGCAACGAUCACAAGCUUUUACUUAUUUCCUUUUAUAAGUAAAACAAAAAAACAGUGUACAAUAGGGGAGAUAAUCAAAGAAAAAAAUUACAGUCUGCCGCCUGUUGGAGAAGCUAUGAUGAGCUGCUUACAAUCAAAACUGCUUAUUUACAAAGAAAACAUUUGGUCAUUCUCAAGCAUCAGCCAUAUUUGGGACGUAUAUACAAUGCUGCAUGCUUCUAUAGAGAAAAGUCAAAGAGGUGAAACUAACCUUGCUUUUAAAAGCAAUGUCAAAUGGCUGCUGGCCAAGUAAAAUCAAUUUGUUGGGAUCAUUUUCUUCCCUCGCCAUAUUUGAUUUGGUCAGUUUAGUAGAGAGAGACCACCAGUCCAGCUCCGUCACAGUUGGAGUGGGAAUGCUGCUGCUUCAUAUCUCCAGUGAAAGUCGUCUCCACUGCCAUUCCAGUCAGUUGCACACUGCCUGUAUGUGAUACUCUACUGUUAAUCACACUCGCUCCCUGCAUUGUAUCUCUGUGGUCGUCCUUUUUCUACUAGUACACUAUCUUAUGGUGUAAUCACCCAGUGCCAAACCUUGGUCUGCCCAGGGAUGUCUGAACGCCCACAGGGUCCAAGCUGAGAGAAAAGAGGGCAGGUCUUGAAUUUAUUUAGAAAUGUCAUGAAUGUCUUGUUUGGGUGUCAAAGAUUCUCCAUCAUCCUUUGGGUGACUUAACAUUUGCAAGAGGAAAGUGUGUGAGAAAACUCACAAUGUGAAAAUGAACUUGACUCCAGAUGUGAGUGUUUCUGCAAUUUACUUCUUUAGGUACAGUUCCUUGGCUAUGGGUUCAGUAUUUCUUAUACUCUUUCACAUGUAGUGAAGGACAGGAUGAGAUGACCCAGCACAGUAAAUAAUCCACCCCGCAUUUCAUGCUGAAAGGCUGAUUUCCUAACAGAUAGUGAGAUCAUUUGAACUGUACAGCUGCACUUUAGCACACUGCUUGAUAACAUAUAGGUCAGGCUGAGGUUUGAGAAACCUUUGAUAGAGACUUCAAAGGUUGUCACUUUUAAGACAGUAGUCCUCAGCGGGAUAAGAGGGGUUACCUCAGGUCAGGAUCACUGUCAUCUCUGUCUGAACAUAAAACCCACAGGGGCAACUUUUUUAUUCAUUUCUUGUCAAAAUGUCAAUAAUUUUGAUUCCUCUAAAUCUUAACAUGCAAUUAAAACGGUACUAGAUUUAUUGAUUUAUUUCCAUCACGGCUACAAUGGACACGUUGAGAGUGAGCUGACCUUUAACCUUAGCUUGACCUAGCAGUAACACCUAUAUUGUAGGGUCGUGUGCUAAACCACUCCAGUGCCUUCUGAUGUUCUUUUUUAAGUGUGGAAUAAAUAAAGUGCAUUCCUGACUAACUUAUGAGAAA